UAACCUGCACACACAUCUGUCAGAUGGGCUCGGACUGCACUACACGUGUACUGAAAAACACUGGGAAACAGCAUUAAUGGACAACGGGAAUGUGAAAGAUAAUGGCCCCGGUCAUGCCGCCCCUCCUCUGAGGCUGCUAAUCCUGGGUCAGAAGCGGACAGGAAGGAGUUCAGUGGGCAACACGCUCCUGGGUGAGGAUGCGUUCGACACAUGGGGCGGAGCGGCCAGCGCCGCGGCACACGGAGAGUCAGAAGGCCGACAGCUGAUGGUCGUGGAUGCCUGCGGAUGGGGCACAAGCGAGCUCGUCCCUAAACAGGAGAAACUGGAGCUAUUUAACGCCCUCUCGCUGUGUGAGCCGGGACCCCACGUCCUGCUCCUGGUCAUUCCCUUACUGCACUUCAGCCACUCCGAGAAAGCAGUCAUACAGAAACGCAUGGAGAUCCUCACAGAGGGCGUGUGGCGCCACACCAUGGUCGUGUUCACGCUGGGCGACCGUCUGCGUAACUGCAGCAUGCAGGACUACAUCCAGACGUCCGGGAAGGAUCUCCAGUGGCUGAUGGAGAGGUGCAGAUACAGGUACCACGUUCUUAACAACAAGACGCCGCAGGACAGACGGCAGGUCUCAGGUCUGCUGGACCGCGCGGAGGACAUACUGAUGGAGAACGGGGGAUGGCACUUCUCCCUACACAUGUACUGCCGGCUGGAGGAGGAAUGGAGCCGGAGGGAGAGGGAAAUGAAAGAGAGGAUGCUGGAGAUGCAAGAUAGAGUGGGGAAAAACGGUCGAGGACUGGCUGGAGUUUCAAAUCACAGUCGACAAGGUGGUCUGAACGUGAACGAUAAUCUACUGAAACUGGUUUAUCACGGCUAACUGCUGCCAAACACAGUUACACGACAUUACUGCUGUUUCGCAAUGAACUCUAUGUAUGCUUUAUGAAUAUAUACAGUGCUUAACAAAUUUAUUAGACUUUAUUAGACUCUAGUGGAUUCAAAGAUAGAUCACACAAAAGUUUAAUCAAAAUUGCGAAUUGCGAGAUAUAGUCACAAUUCUGACUUUUUUUCUUGCAACUGCAAGUUUUUAAUCACACAAUUCUGACUUAUUUACUUAUUGUGAGAUAUAAACUUACAAUUCUGAG